CAAUUUCCGUUACCUCUCGCUUCUUCGUUCGUUACAUCAAUCCGUACCCAUUCCAAGGUUGGAAUUCAAAGUGGUCGCUCCUCUCAGCUCUUCUCGAAAUCCACUACAAAAACCCGGCCCAAUAGGGUCAGGGCGGAAAUAUUUUCUUCCUUUUGAGAGGAUUACAUGAUAUGUCAUUCUUCAGAACACAGUCUUUUUUUAUUUCAACCGAUUUUGAGGAUCGGUUCUUGACGUUUAGUCGGUAACGUGCUUCCGGCCGCUGGGGUAACAUUGAUUGCCUCCUAAUCCCGAAUAUCAUAUCCAUCGACCAUGGAUCCUACAAAUGGUGCCGAUACAGGGUCCGGAGCUGGUAGAGGGGGAAGGAACUCUUCAACGAAUCUAUUGCCACAGGCCGAGCAGAAUAAGAAUGGUGGUCUUAUGGGUCCUCCGCCGCCCAAGGUGCACAAAGAGAGCAUUAAAGCGCCAUCCCAAAGCUCCGUCUCUGCUCCCCAACGUUCAAGCAACACGGGCAUCGAUUCGGCUGCCCCGACACCAAAGCAAUCCCGAGAGUCUUCUCCAUCUCGUCAUGCCAAUGCGCAAAGAUUUCCGCCGGAUAUUCGUUCACGGAGAAACAGCCAAGAGCUUAGCCCCAAUCGAACGCCUGAGGGCGCAAGUUCCAUGAGUGCAGGAAUGCCCUCUGCGGCAGCAGUACAGAGAGCUCUUUCGGUUUCAGGGAUACCUACGCUGCAGCCUUCUGGGUAUUCUGAGUCUUCGAGGAAUGGUCGCGCGCAGAAGUCAGGCGGCUCUUCCGCUGAAGGUACUCCGCGGUGGCCUCUGUCUCCUCGAAUCACCUCCCCUCCACCCGUAUCCACACGAACGUCUCUUCAGCAGACGAGGAGGCCUGAGCCUACUCAGAAUGGUCCAAGCAUCGCUGUGCAACGGCCAACACCGCCCUCAAAUCCCCAACAAUUUCCCGGGAAGAUGGAUGUUCCAGAACCAGACUCCGAUACGCUGCUGACGAAUUCUUCGUCCACACCAACGCCUGGUACUAGAACACCACGAACCUUGAGUGGCGCAGGGACGAGUUUAGCUACCGUCGAAGAACGCAGCCCGCCAACUUCAUCAGGUGACAAAGAGACAGGAAGUAGGAGCACAGAGUCUGGCUGGCCGGCGAAGAUAGAGGAGCAUCCGUUGGAAGAUGCUUCCAAUAAAAGCAUGAGGGAAAGUGAAAGCGAAAGCGGCGAAAACAAGAGCGAUGAUAAACGAGGGAGAAAAUCGCGGAUAUCCCCAAGUUCCACACGCCCGAACACCGUACCGCCCCGGAAGUCCUACUCGACCCUAAAUCCAGUAAGGGGCAAGGGACUCGCGGAGGGAGCCGCGAAAAACAUGACGGUCGAGACGGAAACCGUCAGCUCCAUCCCACAAGUGGCGCUGGGUGGUGGUGCUGGAGACCGCGGCUUGGCUAGCCAUGCAGGUUCAAGCUUGAGGCUCAAGCCUAGUAAUGAGACCAUUCGACCAAAGAAGGAAAAGAAGAAGACUGUUCGCAAAACUCCGUCGAUAAACACAGGGACAGUCUCUUCGAAGGCAGACAUUUUCGAGGCUAAGGUUGCCAGUGCCGUGGACGAGGCCGAUUCUUCUGAUUCAGAAGAGACUUUUGUGUACGAAUCUAAUCCUCCUGACCAGCAACCAAGGCCGCGAUACCACUCACGCACACCGAGCGCGACUUCAGUACAGAGCCAACUAGAUUUACGUUCUGGCAAGCGUUCGUUUCAAAGCCUUGGUGAUGGGGGGCACAGCGUUGUUGGCAAGAAGAGCAUGAAAUUUGCGAAUAACACUUUUAGCGGGAUCAACGAGAACGAAGACGUACCCACCAGUGCAGAGCCAGCUGGCCGAGGAGCAGCUACAGUACGUGCACGAGGAAAUGAUGGGGUUUCGCUCCAUCGCCAUCACCAUCACAUCGGACGGUUUGGUCGCGGCGGUGGCGGCCACACGUCUCUGUUCGACAACGAGUCCCCCUUCCCGCCCGUUCAAAAGCCCCUUCGGACCACUGCAAGCGGCGCUUUUCGUCAAUCGCCACGGCCAUCAAGCCCUCGUACCACACAUAGAGGACAGGGCUUUGGUAGUAGAAAAGGGCUGAACUCUCCGGUAUUUGACAUAGAUGGAGAAGGCGCGGAUGAUGAACGGCUACCAUUGAUGGGGACUACUCGUGUCAAGCGCUCGCGUCACCCACGCGCACGGCCAGCCAACUCUAGUCUGAGGCAAAUGGAACAAUAUCAGCGAUCGCAGCGUGGUUGGAUGACACGGUUUGCAGGUUGCAUCGUUCUGAGCGUAAUGGUAAUCUUGGUGAUAUCUGGCGCAGUUGGAUUCCUGUUUGCUACUACAAAGCCAUUGUUAAAUGUGGAGGUUCGGGAGAUUCAGAAUGUCCUUGCCAGCGAGGAAGAGCUCAUGCUGGACCUCCUUGUGCAAGCAAGCAACCCCAACGUCAUUGCUGUUACAGUGGCCGAUAUGGACGUCAAUGUCUUCGCCAAAAGUAGACAUGUCAAUCCCAGUCACGAUUGGGACCGAGAUCCUUGGCAAGGGACAUUACGUGAUUCUCGACGCCGGAGAAGACGCACUCCUCCUAGAUUGCCUGGGGCACCACUCUCUUCGCAUCACCGCCACUCAGAUAAUAGCCCCGAUUUCCUUCAGCGAGAGGCUCACGACAACGACAACGAAUGGUUGUCCAUUAUGGACUCGGUAGACGAUGGCACCGACCCGAUUCCAGACGAAGGAGACCCGCAGACGAUGCUUCUUGGCCGUAUUUUUGAGUUUGACUCGGCCCUUGUUUUCGAUGCAUCGCCAUUCAAAAGGCAUCUCUCCAGUUCCGUUGGCGAAGUUCGGCUUGCACAUCCGGGCAACAAAACUGAGGCUGGCGGCACCGAAAGGUGGGAAAGGGUUAUUGAGUAUCCCUUUGAGCUCAUCGUCCGAGGCGUAUUGAAAUACCAAUUGCCUCUGGGCUCACAUAUGCGAACUACUCCGAUUCGAUCCAGCGUCAUCGUUCAGCCGGAAAAGAGUGGCGUCGGCAGCUCGUGGCCUGAUCAUCUAAGCUGAAGGCUUAACGUCUGGAACCUGAUGGCUUGUUGAAACGAAUUCAGAUCCCGCCUAGGUUAUGUGCCGUGCCUUCUUGGGAAGGCGAUCCGUUCAAACUAGGAUCAAGGGACUAGGAAACAUCAAAGGAAGAGAACAAUCUGUGGUUUAUUUGGUCAUAUUAUCGAUCUCAUA